CAUCCCUGUUCCUCUUCAGAAGGAUGGAUCAGAUUCAUUUUGGGUGGGCACUUUCUGCCCCUCCUCUGAAAACUGACGAAAUCAUGGGUGGACAUGGAAUUUGAACUUGCUGCCGGCUCAUGUCUCCAGUCUUUUCGUGGGCACCAGGGGAAGAAAGAGCACCUAAGUCUGCUGCUGGGCUUUGGAGCAUCAGAUAUAUUUGCACUUUUUGUGAAGGAUUGCAUUUGGAGAAUCAGGACUAGCCAAGAUUGUCUACAGGAAAAGAAUUGAGAUGUUACUGGACGUGAAACACAUCCUCUGGUUGGUCUGUGUCUGCAGAGCUGCUGUAAACAAAGAUGACUCUGCUGGUAGGAUGAAGGUGGAGAGGAGUUCUCCAGUGCAAGGCUCGCUGGCGGACCAGGUGGUCCUGCCCUGCCAUUUCUCCAUCCUUCCAUCUCCUACCGGCAGCUCCAGCACCUCCACCACUGCAGCAGCUGCCACAGCAUCCAGCACCCACACAGACCAUCUCCGCAUCAAGUGGACUAAACUCAUGGGCGAUGAGGAAACCAUAGUGAUAGUGACCCAGAAUGGCUUCCUCAAGAUUGGGCUGGAGUUUAAAGGCAGGGUAUCAGUUCCCAGCCACCCCGAGGACCAUGGUGAUGCAUCUCUGACCAUAGAGAGGCUCAGGGCCAGUGAUGCGGGCAUUUACCGCUGCGAGGUCAUGCACGGCAUUGAAGACACUCAAGAGUCCAUCUCCCUGAAUGUCAAUGGUGUUGUGUUUCAUUACCGCGCCAACACCAGUCGCUACACUCUAGAUUUGGAGCAGGCCAAGCAGGCCUGCACUGAUGUGGACGCGAGCAUCGCCACCGCCGAGCAGCUUCAGUCAGCCUUCGAGGACGGAUUUGACCAGUGCGAUGCUGGAUGGCUGGCCGACCAAACCGUCAGAUACCCCAUAACAAUGCCACGAGAAGGUUGCCAUGGCAAUAUGAUUCUGAGGCCAGGAGUCAGAUCAUACGGACUCAGAAAUUCCUCGGAAACGUAUGAUGUGUACUGCUAUGUAGGAGCACUACAGGGUGAGGUGUUUUUCGCUGAUGCUAAGAUGACUCUAGAUGAGGCCAGGGAGGAGUGCGAGAGACGGGAUGCAGUUUUAGCGUCUCCAGGUCAUCUUCAUGCAGCCUGGAGGGCCGGCAUGGACCGCUGCGACUUCGGCUGGCUGUCUGACGGCAGCGCCCGCUACCCCAUCUCCGUACCCAGAAUGCAGUGCGGCAAAGGACAGCUGGGUGUGAGGACUAUGUACCGCUUCCUCAACCAGACUGGAUUUCCUUUACCGAGCGAGAAGCUGGGAGCUUUCUGUUUCAAAGGAUGGGAUCCCACAACUGUACCCACAGCUGGACCUACAACACCUCCAGUUCUUUCAGACACCCAUCAAACCUCUUCCUUUAAAGCAGUCUCUUCUAUGCCAGCCCAUGGCACCACAGAGGAGCCACCAUCCAUGUUCUCUGCAAGCAUGGCUCCACGUGACAGAGGCUCUCCUGAUCUACAUCCCUCUGCUAAAUCCAUUGUUGUUGUACCAACUGAAUCUAAGAAGAUUUCGGAUAUGGAAACCACAACCACAUUUAAUGACUAUGGCAGCUCUUUGGACAAUGACAGCUCCUUGGUGCAAGGGGUACCCCAUGGUGGUAUGCCCCAUUAUUCAGAUUCCUUCUUCUCUAUCCAGCAACCCCGUCAGCCCAUCAGAGAGAGCAUGCAUCCUGGGUGGGAUCCUCUGCAUGGGGAAUCCAGUGGUGUGGAGGGUAACAGCAGCGCUGACACGGAUACUCCUGAGAAUGUGAUUCCUGCUUCACCUGUGCUUGUAAUAGACUUGAAAGGAGAUCCAGAAAAGCCACAAAUUGUGUACAAAGAGAAUGAAACCACAGCAAACAUGACUGAAGAAAGUCUGGAUUUGGCUGAGUCCUUGCAAGGCCAGCAGAAUGAAACCACAAAGGACGUCGACUUUCCAUUGGGCAUCAAUUUGUUCUUUUACAACAUUACGGGGAGAAAACAACCAGGUAAACCUUUUAAUAAUGUGGGAGUUGAUGCUAUUCUUAAAUUCCUUGGAGAACCAGGGCUCUCUAAUCCACUUCUAACAUCUGUUGAAAGUGAGCCACCUUCGGUCAGUGGAGACCUUACAGGUGAAACAUAUCCAUCUCCUGAAGUACAUCCCUCAGCUAAAUCCAUUGUUGUUCUACCAACUGAAGCUGAGACAAGUUCGGAUAUGGACACCACAACCGCAUUUAAUGACUAUGGCAGCUCUUUGGACAAUGACAGCUCCUUUCUGCAAGGGGUACCACAUGAUGUUAUGCCCCAUUAUUCAGAUUCCUUCUUCUCUACCCAGCAACCCCGUCAGCCCAACAGAGAGAGCAUGCAUCCUGGGUGGGAUCCUCUGCAUGGGGAAUCCAGUGGUGCGGAGGGUAACAGCAGCGCUGACACGGAUACUCCUGAGAAUGUGAUUCCUGCUUCACCUGUGCUUGUAAUAGACUUCAAAGGAGAUCCAAAUCCAGACAAGCCACAAAUUGUGUACAAAGAGAAUGAAACCACAGGAAACAUGACUGAAGAAAGUCUGGAUUUGGCUAAUUCCAAUUUGAAAAGCUCAAAUUUUAGUGAAGAGAACUUGCAAGGCCAGCAGAAUGAAACCACAAAGGACGUCGACUUUCCAUUGGGCAUCAAUUUGUUCUUAUACAACAUUAAGCGGACAAAUCAAUCAGGUAAUCCUUUUAAUAAUGCGGGAGUUGAUGCUGUUCUAAAAUUCCUUGGAGAACCAGGGCUCUCUAAUCCACUUCUAACAUCUGUUGAAAGUGAGCCACCUUUGGGCAGUGGAGACCUUACAGGUGAAACAUAUCCAUCAGCUUCUGUUACCAUCACCCCAAAAGUGAGUUUCAUUAACGGAAAACACGAGCUGACUCUGAAACCGGACAAUGACCAAACUCAGGAGGCUAGAGGAGACCAGUUUGACACUGCUAUCCCACCACCAGAAGAAACCAUCACUUUUGAUAUGAUAGAAAUACUUACGAAGGAGGCUGAAGGCACCACAUCUUACCCAGAGACUGAAGAAUAUGGCUCAACGAUUAGAAGCCUAAUUGAGCCCUAUUUUACAACAAAGAGUCUGGAAAGUAUAACCACAACAGAAUUGCCUACAUUUGCAACCAAAUCCUCAAGCCAGAAGUUGACCCCACAAACCAUAUCUCUUAGCAUGCACGUAGAAGGUUCGGGGAUAUACCCAACAGAUGAUGAAGAGGAACUGACCCCCUUGGAAGGUUCUGCAGAAGACACACUUCCAACAACUAAUGUCUCAUAUGUGGUGGCUACCGACGAAACUGAAAUAGAUGAAACAGAGAAGACAACACUGGCAUUUGGGCUGGACUACAGCACUGAGGGACCAAUUGUUACAACUCGUGAAUCCAGCACUGUAGAAAUGGAGAGAACAGAGUACAGAGAAACGAAACCAGAACCAGACGAUUUUGAGGGCUCAACCUCCACUGAAGACGAGGGCUCGGGACAAGAUAUAUAUGCAACAGAAGAAUCAAAGCAACCAACUUUAUCUCCAUCAUUCACUGAUUCAUCUCACAGCUUUACAAGUUCCUUAACAACUACUCAUCCUAAAGAGCCUAGGCAACCUUUUAGUUUGGCUUUGCCCAGUACAGAUCCUACGAUUCAGGUGGUUUCAACUUUUCAAAUGGAGGCAAUCCUAGAAGAAAGCACUCCUUACAUUACACACUCUGAGAAAGACGAAAACAGACGUACAACUAAGAGUCCUUUAUUGUUGCCUGAGAAUGAAAAAGACUUAAGUAUAAUCCUCACCAUCUCUGAGGACAUCGGCUCUGGUCAGUCUGAUCAGUCAACUGAAGCAUUCUCAAAACAACCGUUCACUGCAACUACUGUUCCAUCCCUUCUUAUUAAACAAACUGAAGAAACAAGUGUUGAUGCACAUGAUGAAACCCCUAAAGUAUUUGAAGGUUCUGCAGAAGACACAACACCACUGACCUUCACUAGUGUCCAAACUCAAACAAAAUUCACAACCCAAAGUUCAGAGACCACCAUUCUGCCCACUGAUAGUCUUAGAGCAGUAAUGUCUUCCUCCCAAGAAACUGUUCUAAUCCAAAAAUCCCAUUUAGAAGAGACAACCACCUCAGUGCAGUCAUCAGAGACUUUGGGCUCCCAAGAAACCAUUAUAAUCCAAAAAUCACCAUUUGAAGAGACAACCACCUCAGUGCAGUCAUCAGAGACUUUGGGCUCCCAAGAAAUCGUUAUAAUCCAAAAAUCACCAUCCGAAGAGACAACCAUCUCGGGGCAGUCAUCAGAGACUUCAGAUGAGACAACAAAAGAAAUAACACAUUCUACAUUUGGAUUCCCAACUGAGAAGCCUCUCACCUCAUUUACCCAAGUUUCCAGUUAUCCCACCACCGACUUAAAUGUGAAAGAGCCAGUUCAGGUCUUGGAUAGGGGAACUACUUCUGCUACAGAAAAUGUUUUCACCACUACCAAAGCCACAAGUAUUGUGGUAUUUGAAGAGAAUGUUGUAGAUUAUAAAGAUGUGGUGGGUCCCUCAAUUGUUCACGGACAACCACCGUCCAGGGAAGAGUUCACCACAAGAAAACCAGAAUUCUGGACAGAUUCCAGCUACACUGUUGAGAGUCAUAUGGAGGUUUUCCAAGAUCUCACACUUUGCUCUGUCAGUGUGUGUGAAAAUGAUGGAAUUUGCUAUUCUAAUGGAAAAGGAAACAUAUGUGUCUGCAUGCCUGGAUUCAGUGGGGAACACUGUGAAAAUGAAAUUGACGAAUGCCAGUCAAACCCUUGUCACAAUGGUGGUACAUGCAUUGACGGGUUAAACGGUUUCAGGUGUGUCUGUCUGCCCAGCUAUUCAGGAGCCCUCUGUGAGCAAGACACGGAGAUUUGUGACUUUGGCUGGCACAAGUUUCAGAGCCACUGCUAUAAGUACUUCACACACCGGCGGACAUGGGAAGCAGCGGAAAGAGCGUGUCGUCUGCAGGGCGGUCACCUCACCAGUGUCCUGUCCCAUGAAGAGCAGCUCUUUGUUAAUCGUUUGGGGCAUGACUAUCAGUGGAUUGGACUGAAUGAUAAAAUGUUUGACAAUGAUUUCCGCUGGACAGAUGGACACCCUAUGCAAUUUGAGCACUGGAGAGUGGGUCAGCCGGACAGCUUCUUCUCCAUGGGCGAGGACUGCGUGGUGAUGAUCUGGCACGAGCGUGGUCAGUGGAACGAUGUGCCAUGCAAUUAUCACCUGACCUUCACUUGCAAGAAGGGCACAGUGUCCUGCGGUCAGCCUCCUGUCAUAAAGGAUGCCCAUAUCUAUGGCGGCAUUAAGCCGCGGUAUGAGAUCAACUCUCUGGUUAGGUACCACUGCAAGGACGGUUUCAUCCAAAGACACAUUCCCACUAUCAGAUGCCGAGAAGACGGCCACUGGGACAAGCCCAAAAUCAUGUGCUUGAAACCAUCUACCUACCAGAUGUAUGCUCACAAAAAUCAAAACAACAACAAUUACAACAACAGUAAGAGACGCUACAGUGAGUCGACGCAGGACCGUCAUCGCUGGUCAAAAACAGCAGAUGACUCCACACACUGAUCUCCAUCUACAGACCUACAGAUGCUUUACAUCUACAGAGAAACUCUUUAGUCUAAAGGACUGAAGCCAAACCAUGUGCCUGAUGAAUGUUUUAGAACCGAGAAGUGAAUUUCCCUGAGGGACUGCAAAAAACACCAUCACCCACCCACUGAGAGCAUACUUUGACUAUGCAACAGUCUACAUUGCAUAUUGUAAUAAUGUCUUAAUGUUUUGACAUGGGAAGGGGGUUUCUGGUUGAAAUGUAUAUAGUAGAGAUAUUGAACAAGUAAAAACAGCUGUGAAAGGUGACUUUUUUAAUGUUUAUUUUUUAUUUUUUAUUAUUCAUUCGUAACUUUUGCUUACGAAGAACUGGACUUCCUGUUCUCUCUGACUUAAUAAGAGAGCACUAUGGUACGAGCAGAAUAUAAACAGAACAGUUAUAGUACUCAAGAGUAAAAGAACAAUAGGCUUUUAUUGUUUCACAUUGUGGUGAGUGGGGUUCAAAAGGGAUGUCACGGGGCUGGAGAACAAACAAUGCUGAAAGGACUGCAACUCCAAACAAUUUUUCAACAUUCCUCUGCAGCAUCCUCACUAGUUAUGAGGAUUACUCAGAUAAUAUUCAACCAUUGUACACUCUCAUAAUCAUAUUCUCAUAUGGCAUCAAAUACAUAUUUUCAUUUUUUUUAAUGUUGGUUUGUAAUGUAACAAUUUUUACUUUUUUAAAUGAAUGUCAUGGUAAAAUAUGAAAAUAUGUAUACUGUAUGUGUGGUCGAAUGAACUAGCAUUUUUGUCAGAUAUUAUUACAAAUGUUACAUGAAGCCAUAGUAGUUUAAUUUAUUGCCGAAGAUACAUAUAGCGAUGAAUGGACUGUGAGAUUUUGAAUAAUAAAGCGCUAUUAGAAUAUAA